GCUGUCCCAUCCCGGGAAGUCUCGCGCAGUGGCCGGGGCAUUCUGCUCUUGAGAGGGCUGGCAGGUGGGGGAAAAGGCUUUGGGGCUCUCUUGCUGCCGCCGCUGCAGCCCAUGGGGCAAAGACCCAGCGCCGAAACUCGGCAUUUGCUGGCGCCGGCGGCUCCCGGCCAAGGGCGGGUGCUGAGGCGUCUCUACGCGGCCAGGGACGGGAGCGACCCCGGAGAAGAGGGACCCUGCGAUGGAGACGCGGCCUCGUUGCCUUCCACUAUAGGGAGCGUUGCUGAUGACCAGAAUCUUUACAUCAACCAAGCUGUAGUGUUCAUUGAAGAUGCAAUUCAGUAUCGUUCCAUUUAUCACCGUGUGGACUCUAAUUCCUUGUGGCUUUAUCGGCGGUAUUAUUCAAGAGUUUGCCAAUGGAUUUUGAGUAUCACCAUUACGUUAAUCUUACUGCUUGCUUUCAUCGAACUCCCUUCAUCGCUUACAGUCACAUCAGAUGUGCGAUAUCGUUCAAAAGCCUGGGAGCCGCCUUGUGGCCUAACUGAAAUAAUCGAACUGCUUUGUUUUCUUGUUUUUAUAGUGGAUGCCUCCGUAAAGAGUUAUUUAAUAGGAUGGGAAGAAUUUCGGAAAACAAAGUGGCUGAUGGCAUAUAUUGUGGUGCUAAUUGUGUCACUUGCAGACUGGACUGCCUCGAUAUCUCUUUUCUGUGGCACGACUGUGAGAAUAAGACGAUUCCUCCGGCCUUUCUUCCUCCUUCAAAACUCUUCAAUGAUGAAAAAGACACUAAAAAGCAUCAAGAGUACUUUGACAGAAAUGGGAGGUGUUGGACUGCUGUUAGUUCUUCACCUGUGUCUUUUUACCAUGUUUGGUAUGCUGCUGUUUGCUCGAACACAGGAUACCCAACUGGAAAAAGAGUGGAAGGGAUAUUUUCACAGUUUGACAGAUUCAUGGACUACAUUACUUGUGCUGUUGACCACUGCAAAUAAUCCAGAUGCAAUGAUGGCUGCGUAUUCUAAGAAUCGAGCUUACUGCAUCUUCUUUAUACUCUUCAUUGUGAUUGGAAACCUGGUUCUGAUGAACUUGCUGACGGCAAUAACAUACAACCAGUUUCGUGGCUAUCUUCUGAAAUCAGUGCAGACCUCAUUUUUCAGAAGACGCUUAGGAAUCCGGGCUGCAUUUGAAGUUCUUUGUUAUCUGAAAGGAACUGCUGUUAAUAAUGAUGUUUUAUGUGUCCCAACUUGGACUCUUUUACAAGUAGUACCAAAAGUAGAAAUGAAUUCCCACUGUAAGAAAGCAAUAAUUGAGAGGCUUAAAUCAUAUCCUCAUGGAGGGGGAUUGCCAUCCGCUCAGUUUCAGUCACUCUUUGAUGAACUUGACAGAGAAUCAAUUAAGGAGCAUCCUCCAACACCAUAUUAUGAAUCACCUUUUCUACAAAGGAUCCAGUCGGUCUUUGGUCAUUGUUACUUUGAGUAUUUAGGAAAUGCGGUAGCUCUAGCAAACAUCAUUUCUGUUUGUGUGGUCUUGGUAAUAGAUGUUGAAAAGCCACCAGCUGUCCGGGAUGACUUCUUUUUAGGGGUUAUAAACUGUUUCUUCAUUCUCUGCUACCUUCUGGAAAUGUUAUUGAAAAUAUUGGCAUUGGGAUUAAAAAGAUAUUUAUCUUACACAAGGAACAUCUUUGAUGGAGUUCUGACUGUAGUUCUGAUGGUUUUGGAAGUGUCAACAUUUGCUGUAUAUGGAUUUCCUCAUCCAGGCUGGAGACCAGAAAUGCAGGGGUUGUGGUCUCUGUGGGAUAUGGUGCGACUGGCAAACAUGCUGAUUGUGUUCAGAUUUCUGCGAAUCAUUGCCAACAUGGAGUUCAUGUCUGUAGUUGCUAGUACGCUGAUAGAUCUGGUGAAAAAUUUAAGAGCCUUUGCUGGGAUCUUGGUGGUGAUUUUCUAUGUAUUUGCAUUACUUGGCAUCGAGCUCUUUAGGGGGGCUGUCAUCCCUGUGGGCAAUGUCAGUGCUGUCAACAUGACUUCUGGUAACACCACCUUCCAAUGUGGCACUUUUGAACAACUGGAGUAUUGGUCGAACAACUUUGAUGACUUUGCUGCAGCAGUGGUGACUCUGUGGGAUGUGAUGAUUGUGAAUAACUGGCAUGUUUUCUUGGAAGCAUAUUCCAGAUUUACAUCUCCAUGGUCGAAAUUGUACUUUUUUGCCUGGUGGCUGAUUUCAUCCGUCAUGUGGGUCAAUCUAUUCAUUGCAUUACUCUUGGAGAACUUUAUCCACAAGUGGGAUCGUCGCAACAGUCAGCAGUCUCUCUCAAAAUUUGAGUACCAGAUGACAGUAGAACUCUUGUUUAGGGAUGUUUUGGAAGAACCUACAGAGGAAGAGCUGAUUGAAACCCUUUAUCAGCAUCCACAUAUGGAUCUACGUAGGUGAUCCCUUGGUGCAAACAGCAAUUGAUCUUUGCCAGACCUGCAUGCAGGUUCUACAGCUGAAUGAAAGAGACUGCUGCUCUUUUAAAAAAGACGUUGACUUUAAUUUUGAAUGGUGCCCGCAAUAAGGAUCAACAUCUUUUUAUUUUAAAAGGGAUUUUAAUUUGAAUAUGGUUUUAUUUCAACUUUUAAAUGGGACCAUGGCACUGUCACUUUAAAAAUCUGGAAGACAAAUGACAGAGCAAUUAACUAGUUUUAAGGAAGGGAAAUGUGUGACUAUUACAUUGCACUUUACAAUGGCAACUAUGAACGUUUCACAACCACUACAUUGGCUUAUUGCUAUCAUCUAUUUUGUUAACACUGUAUAUAACUCAGCUGACAUUUGUGGCAUUCAUUGUUUGCUGUGCCAAGAACAGUGCCUUAAAAGUAAAACAAAAAAUUGGUAAAGCAAGGUGAUUUGUUUUCAAUAGUAAGAGGAGUUAUGCUUAAUUUUUUAAUUGAAUUAAGAGGCCAUCCUGACGAUACUGUAUCAUUUGCUGAGAAAUGGUUACUCUACAGUUCGUGUGAAGGAUAAUCGCAAUCAUUGUAGCCUUGAACUCAGGGACUACCCUUGUUUUUGUCAUUUGGGACUGCUCUAAGUAAUUUGAAGAUUAUGCCACUGUGGUAAUUGGAAUGUAUAACCAUUUGUUUCAGUGAAUGUGACACAAUCCCUGCCUGUCCUUAUCAGAAUGAUUAACAGCUACACAAUUGCAGAGCUUAGUGGAUUGCCUUGAGGUAACAAGGUAGAUAUGUACAUGGAAACAGGCUUGCUUGUACAAUUGCCAUUGCUGAACAUAUUUGAAGUAUCCAGUGUGAGUGUGCUACUGCAGUGCAUUGCUUCUAUCAGCAUGCACCUCUUUUAGGAGGGCAGCAUGCAAUUUCUCAACCAUUAAUAAUAUGCUGCAUCUUGUAGAGUGUGACUCUAGUUUGAGGCCACUAUGAUUUUUAUAAGGCCAGUAAGUUGGGGAUUUUUUAAUAUGAAUUUUGGGGGAAAGGGUUCCUUUGUGGUUGGACAACUUAUUUUAUGUUCCUGAGUAAGCAUUGUGUUCAUGUGAUCUGUUUGCAGUUGCACACUGCCGGAGUGGUGCCUGUUAGCUUUGCCAAUCUGCUGUGCCUUUGGAAUCUGGUUAGGGUUAGAAAAUUUCUUUCAGGAUCCUUUAAUCUAAAAUCGCAUAGAGAUAAUUUGAGUUAUCAUCCAAGCAAAGUAAAACUUUAAGGCAGGCUAUCAGUGUUUUUGGAUCACUAUGUAUCUCAUUAGCACAAGGUUCUAGCAGCUCCAUUUGAGAUUUUAGAGCAGUGUUUUUGCAAUGUUUGUGGCCCAGUUGGAUCUUCUCCUUCAUCCAGUGCUUAGGAAGCUGUCCACAUUGUUUAAAAAUCUAUUUUACAAUUUGGCGUUAUUCAGUUUAUGUUUUAAACAUGUUUUUUUAGCACAACGAGCAUUUAUCUGUUUCAUCCCAAUUGGGGGUGUAUCUUGUCUUUUGAUUCGUUCUCCCCACCUCUUUUACAGUGAUACUGUUUGGCCAGUAUAGUUUGUCCAUUCUACUAUUUCAAUAUAAAUUCCAUUCCUUUGUGCCCUGGAACCUUUUUUUAACAAGAGAAACCACUAAAUAUUGUUUAUAUUUUAUGAAUUGUUGCAUAUUGAAUUGAAUGUGUUCAAUAAGAUACCGUAAGCUGUAUCAGAACCAGUCCUGUAUUAAUAUCACAGAUACUUGAAUGUAAUUAAUAUGAAUACAGUAAAAUAUUUUUGGAGACAA